AUGGGCCCAAAAUGCACCACGGCCCGGUCCACUGUCUCCCUGCGAUUCCUCCUCGGCUCUGGUCCCGAGCUGGCCUCUGGUCCUCCAGGUCCCCACCUUCUCCCCUCCGCGGAGCUGGACAGCGGCCAUCUGAGCCAAGAGAGCCCAAAGGAGGGGACACCGAUGGCCGCUGUGACUCCCGCACAGUCUGGGGAAGAGCUGGACGAGCUGGCCAUGCAGGGGACAGUGUCCUCUGCCCACCACGACCCCACAGAGACGGCCGGCACGGGGCUCACCCCGGCCCCGGGAAAGAGGUGGCAGCCACGGCCCCAGGCCACAUCCACGGUGGCCUCCUCAGGCCCGGCCAUCCCGUCCCCGUCCGUGCCGGGGGACCCGGACUCCCUGGUGUCCUUGGAUCCGCUGUGGCCAGGCCCCGAGGAGGACACGGAGCCCAUGACCCCUGCGCCCCUGCAGGUGGCUCCCCUCACCCCGCAGCCCUACGAGGCCCUCGUGACCCCGAGGAGGCCCGAACCCCGCGAGGCGUCCCCCGAUGACCUCAGGGACAAAGCUGAGAACGAGCUGACCGGCUCGGCCUCCGAGGAGAGCCAGGAGACCACCACGUCCACCAUCGUCACCACCACGGUCAUCACCACCGAGCAGGCCCCAGCCCUCUGCAGUGUGACCUUCACUGACCCCGAGGGUUUCAUCGACUCCAACGACUACCCACCGCUGCCCUCGAACAACUUCCUGGAGUGCACCUACAACGUGACGGUCUACACCGGCUACGGCGUGGAGCUCCAGGUGAAGAGCGUGAACCUGUCGGACGGGGAGCUGCUGUCCAUCCGCGGCGUGGACGGUGCCGCACUGGCCGUGCUUGCCAACCAGACGCUGCUGGUGGAGGGGCAGGUGGUGCGGAGUCACACGAACGCGGUGUCCGUCCUCUUCCGCGGCCUCGCCGACGGCCCGGGGACCUUCCAGCUGCACUACCAGGCUUUCAUGCUCAGCUGCAGCUUCCCCCGCCGGCCGGACUCCGGGGACGUCACGGUGCUGGACCUGCACGCGGGCGGGGUGGCCCAUUUCCAUUGCCACCUCGGCUACGAGCUGCAGGGCGCCAGGACCCUGACCUGCAUCAACGCCUCCCGGCCCCACUGGAGCAGCCAGGAGCCGGCCUGCUCAGCCCCCUGUGGAGGAGCAGUGGUCAACGCCACCAUCGGCCGUGUCCUGUCUCCCAGCUUCCCGGCAGACGCCAACGGCAGCCAGCUGUGCGUCUGGAGCAUCGAGGCCCCCGAGGGGCAGCGGCUGCACCUGCACUUUGAGAGGCUGGCGCUGCAGGGCACAGACAGGAUGGUCAUCUACAGCGGGCUGACCAACAAGUCGGCCGUGCUCUACGACUCGCUGCACAGCGACAGUGUCCCCUUCGAGGGGCUGCUGAGUGACCACAGCAGCCUCCGCAUUGAGUUCAUGGCCAGCCAGGGCCCGGCGGCCUCUGUCUUCCAUGUCCGCUUUGAGGCCUUCGAGAAGGGUCACUGCUACGAGCCCUACAUCCAGAACGGGAACUUCAGCACCUCCGACCCCACCUACAACAUCGGGGCCGUGGUGGAGUUCACCUGUGACCCCGGGCACUCCCUGGAGCAGGGCCCCGCCAUCAUCCAGUGCGUCAACGUGCGCGACCCCUACUGGAACGACACCGAGCCGCUGUGCCGAGCCAUGUGUGGCGGGGAGCUGUCUGCUGCGGCCGUGGUCCUGUCCCCAAACUGGCCGGAGCCCUACGUGGAGGGGGAGGACUGCGUGUGGAGGAUCCACGUGGGGGAGGACAAGCGGGUCUUCCUGGACGUCCAGUUCCUGAACCUGAGCAACAGUGACAUCCUGACCGUCUACGACGGGGACGAGGUCACGCCCCACAUCCUGGGCCAGUACCUGGGCAGCAGCGGUCCUCAGAAGCUCUACUCGUCCUCACCAGAGCUCACCAUCCAGUUCCACUCUGACCCGGCCGGCCUCAUCUUCGGGAAGGGCCAGGGUUUCAUCAUGAACUACGUGGAGGUGUCGAGGAAUGACUCCUGCCCGGACCUGCCCGAGAUCCAGAACGGCUGGAAAACGACCUCGCACGCGGAGCUGGCCAGGGGCACGCGGAUCACUUACCAGUGUGACCCCGGCUACGACAUCGUGGGCAGCGACACCCUCACCUGCCAGUGGGACCUCAGCUGGAGCAGUGACCCCCCGUUCUGCGAGAAGAUCAUGUACUGCAGCGACCCGGGCGAGGUGGCGCACUCCACGCGCCUCAUCUCCGACCCCGUGCUGCUGGUGGGCACCACCAUCCAGUACUCCUGCAAUCCCGGCUUCGUGCUGGAGGGCAGCUCCCUGCUGACCUGCUACAGCCGCGAGACGGGGACCCCCAUCUGGACGUCGCGCCUGCCGCUCUGCGUCCGUGAGUCCGGGGAAAGGACGGGGCCCCGAGGGACCAACGGGGAGCUCUGGCCGGCAGAACCCGCGUCGGCCUCGAGUCUCCGCGAUCACAAAAAGGCCGAGAGCCGGGCCCACGGCUCCUCUGUCCCUGUGGCUUCUGGGGGGGACGAGAGCGAGGUCACCGUCACCCCAGUCCCUCCACCUGGCUGUGGAUGGGGAAGUGGGGGUCCCGUCCACGCUGUCACCUCGCGGCCCCCGGUGACAUCACCGCGUGACUUCUUCCUGCCCCCCACGGCGGGCGUCGGAGGACACCGGGCAGCCUGA